UACUUUUCAUUGAACGCAACUAUUAAUUUCAUCGAACUCAACUGUAAACAGAACCAAACAGAACGAACUGUCAGCAAAACUUCAAAAUUUUUUUUAGAAGUUUUGCUUACGUCCCCGAAAGAGAGCAUUCCACUUCCACGUUUCUCAAGAUCAACCACUUUCUUCUUUUCAACAACAAAAUGAGUCAAUCGAAGGUAACAUUCAAGAUUACUCUCACUUCGGAUCCAAAACUGCCUUUCAAAGUGCUGAGUGUACCAGAAGGAACACCAUUUACAGCUGUUCUCAAAUUCGCUGCUGAAGAAUUUAAAGUUCCAGCUGCAACAAGUGCAAUUAUCACCGACGAUGGUGUUGGAAUUAGCCCACAACAGACUGCUGGUAAUGUUUUCCUUAAACAUGGUUCUGAAUUGCGUUUAAUACCUAGAGAUCGUGUUGGUUGUUUUGUAAAUUAGUUUGUUCUUUUGUUUGUUUUUUUUUUUUAUACUUUAUUU